GGAAAGUCUUCAAUGUCAAGAUACAAGAAGAGAGGGGUGAAGAACAUAAAUAGAUUUGUUUCAAACUACAGUGCUUAAUUUACGGAAUCAAUUUUCAAAGAGAAAGAGUGUCUUAAAUAUAUAAAAAUCAUAAGUCGAUCAUCCUUACACGAUUCCACUGAUCGCUAACAUGUGGAAAAUAAUUUGCGCUCUCUUGUUCUUUCAAAGAGCUUUGAGCGCUCCUUCUUCGAGAUGUAUGGAAAUAUGCAAUAACCGGAAUUCACAGUAUUUAUCAAAUACCAACUGUUGUGCGUCGUCUCUUGUUGCUUCUACAAACGAAAAGAAAAAUUGGACUGAUCACAAAGAUUUCCAAACACACGAUGGUGCUCUCGUUCACACGAAAGACGGCGAAUUCAGUCACGGAAACACACACGGCAAUUUCAACGAGAUGAGCUACUACAAGGAGUUCAAGAGCGGUGACAAUCAACAUUUCGGAAGCAAUCACAACUUUGGAAACAGUCACGAUAUUAGUCAAAAGUUAGAGGAUUUAUCAUCAUCCUCUUCACACAGUACAUUCGAAAGCAUGUUUCAAUCAAGAUUCUCAGAUCUCAUCAAAAACUUUCAUGAAUCAUUCCGACAUCUACAGGAAUUGAAAACUAAAGACCAACUUCCGGUUCAAGAUUGUCAAUAUCCUUGUGUACCAAUAAACGAGCAGAUUUCUCGACUACAACAAGAUGUAACUGCUCAGCAACAGCACAUGCAACGAAUGAGAGAAGAUUUGUGGUCAAAGAUGCAAAAUCAAAACACAGUAACAGAAACCGAACAUGUCAUUCCCAGUCAGCACUUAACUCACUCAAAUCAUCAAACUGGCCAAGUUACGAAGGAAACAAAUCGCUACGAGUCCUAUCAAAAUGAUAAAAUAACAACCAGUCCUCAUAUUACCACCACAAUCACCAAGCAACCUGUUAAGUACACUUCACAUCCCGAUCAAUCCCAAACGGAUUAUUACUCUGGAAGCAGACACGAAUCCACCCAAAAUUAUGGAACCAGAACUCAAGGCCAAUAUCCCGACCAAUCUCAAAGAGCAGGACAAGAUUAUUACUCCGGAUCAGUGAGCAGACACGAUUCAUCCCAAAAUUAUGCUUCCGGAACUCAAGAUCAAACUCAAACUCAAAAUCGACGAACUUCAUAUCCCGAUCAAUCGAGUCAGAAUUAUUAUUCCGGAUCUGGGAGCAAAUUGGAAAGUCAAACUGGUUACAAUCAGCAAAAUUCGAUCCAUGAUUCUCGAGUCACUCAGAACCAAAAUAACGAUCAAAAUUCUUCCCAAUAUGGUCAAAAUUACGCCACUGGAAUUCAGAGUCAAGCUGGUUACGCUCAAGACACUACUAAUUACGAACGUCGAAAUAGAGUCUCACAGGCGCAGAGAGCCGAUCAACAGGAGUAUGCUUCCGGAAAUCAAAAUCAAGGUCAGACUCAGGGCAAUGGUCAACAUGGCGUGGCGUAUGGAUAUCACGCAAGUUACGGAUCCAAGUCUUAUUACAGUUCACUGCCUCAGGAUCAGAGUUCUCAUCAGAGUUCAGCCUACAGAACACAUCAAAAUUCCCAGAGUCAAGGAUACGGACAGCAUUCCGGCUACAGGGCACAAUCGGGUUAUCAGACUGACGGCUCACAAUCGCAGGGUGAAUACAAUCCUCAAGGUUCCUUAACAUACUCUCACAAUUCCAUGUCUCAUAGUUCAUUAACUCAAAACAAUGCUGAUUUCGGCGCCAGUAGCAAUGGAAAAUUAACCCAUGGACUCAUCCAAACGGGUUCCGCCGCCGAUUGCAAUGACGAAGUUCAAUCCGCUCCUUACCGGCGAUACAAGCGACACAUCCAUUCCCCAAAUCAUCGUCAUCAUUAUCACCAUCAUCAUCAUCAUAAUCAUCAAGAGCAAUAUCCAGACGACUUUAGUCAGCAGCAAGACGAUUUCCAGCAAGGUUCAAUUUCCUCCAAGUUAGACGAAUUCGGAGAACCUACAAAAAUUGAAAAAGUACCACAAAAAGAAAUUGAAGACCUCAGUCAACAAGUUGAGGACAUACGUAAUGGCAAAGUCGAUACGCAAGACUUGUAUCAACAUCAAGAUCAACAUCAAGAUUUCUCCCAACAACACAAAUUUCCGGAACAAAGUCAGACUAAUUACUACCAGACCGGAGGUUUCGAUGACUUCCCACCUUCGUCUGAAGGAAGCCAAACUUACGAUCAACAGAACCAUGGAUUCGAUGAUCAAUAUCACUACAGUCCCAGAGGAUUUAAUCAAAAAACGUUUUAGCUCCCGAUAGCAAUCCACCAGCGGGGAACCAAAGGCUCGACGGAAUAAAUUCACAAACUCCGAGGCCAGCUCCCAAGCCAACAUCUCGACCUAGAAACACUAAACCCUUUUUCAACACUGCCAAUAUUGCACCAACAACGAAAAAUACCACCAAGUUUGAGAAUAUAAAUUCC